AUGUUGUCCAAAAGGAUAACUUACAUGGAACCUUCACAAAAUGAAACCCAAUCAUAUAAGUCAAUACAGAAUUCCAAGCGCACUGUGAAUGUAAGUUCUGGCAACAGGCUAGUUACAAUGACAGCAGUUGCUGUCAGUCCAACAAAUGGAACAUCUAAGAGAACAUCGCGCAGUUUAUCUAAUUGCUUAUAUUCCACCCUUUGUGACCCCACUCUGAUAUGCAAUGUGCUUCGUCAACAGCUAAUAGGCAAAUUCCUGAAUCCAAUAACUGGAAAAGGCACCUGGCUGCUAGCAUGCAUGCCUUCUCAGGGGUCAUGUACAAAAUAUCGUACCCACCACGUUGAGCAUUUGCAUACACAUUAG